AUUGGGAACAUGAUGAGGGUAUAAACAUUAUGAAUGAGAUAUUAUAGUGAGAGUAAUGGUUUGUAAGAGUAAGACCAUGUUGGCGAAGAAGCAUACAUACACGUUACUAAAGCAAGCGAAGACUACUUUUCUAUGAGGACAUACUUUGCCAUCAGUGUCUUAAUUACUUUGUUGUCCGAAGCAAUUAUUAACGACAAAGAAAAUGACAUGUUCCAAAGAAGAACUUCUUCUUAGAGUCUUCAAUUAUGCCUCAGGCUAUUUCCAUCUUCUCCUCAACCAUGUCUCAGUCUCUUUUCAGCUUCUCUUCCUCUUCCUCUUUUCCCUUGCUAUUUUUCUCCUCACCUUCUCAACCUUCACUGGCAGAUUCCCCUUAAUCCAAAGAGAUCAGCAAUAUGAAUAUGUGUUUUCUGAAGACGACGAAGAAGAAGAAGCGCAACAAGGAUAUGGUCACCAUGCUGAGAAGGUGAGAGAUCAUGUAGCAGCAUCAUCUGCAGACUCAAUCCAUGGCAGGGAAACCCUUUUGUUUGAGGAGCCUCAGAAAAAGCAGCAUUGUUCUCAUUCUGAAGAGUUUGCAACCCCCCGAGAGAGCUUGAAUGAACAAGACUCAGAAUUUAUAGGAAGAAAUGCUGAUUCUGUUUCAAACUCUGUCUCAUUUGCAAGCAGCUUUGUUCCAAAAAUAUGAUGAAGAAAUGUCCCUCUUAGACAGAAUUAGUGCACAGAAACUUGAGGAAACAGAGUAUUUAAGAUCCAUGGAAGCCUCUCCAAGAUCAAUUUCAGAGCGUAUUGCAUCAAGUGUGAAGAAGAAAGCAGGUGAUAUAGGUCACAAUAACCCAUAUGGUGAACUAGAGGCCGCUUAUGUUGCACAGAUUUGCUUAACAUGGGAAGCUCUUAAUUGGAACUACAAAAACUUUGAAUCGAAACACGGCUGGCGCCACGAGGCUGAUAGCGGUUGUCCUGCCAGCACAGCACAGCAAUUCCAGCAAUUUCAGGUAUUGCUGCAGAGAUACAUUGAGAAUGAGCCCUUUGAACAUGGCAGAAGACCAGAGAUUUAUGCUAGGAUGAGGCUCUUGGCACCAAAAUUGCUUCUAGUCCCACAAUGUCCAGAUUGGGAGAAUGAUGAAAAGCAUGGGGGUAUGGAGAGUAGAAUAUCAUCAGCGUCAUUCCUGAAGAUAAUGGAGGAUGGGAUCCGAACAUUCAUGAAGUUUUUAAAGGCUGACAAAGAGAAACCGUGUCAGAUGGUGGCUGCUUACUUUUGGAGAAAUCGGAGAAUCACGGUUGAUCCAACACUCCUCCGCCUAAUCAAGAAAGUUAAUCAAAAGAAGAGGAAGAAGGUGAAGGAUGCUGGGUUGAGGAGGAGAAAGCUUAGAAAGGGUGAAGAAGAAGAGAUGGAUGUGUUAAUGGCAAUGAUAGACUUGAAGGUGGUGUCGAGGGUGCUGAGAAUGAAGGAGUUGAGCGAAGCGCAGUUGCAUUGGUGUGAACACAAGAUGAGCAAAGUUAGAAUCGUCGCAGGGAAGCUUCAAACAGAUUAUUCCACUCCACUUUUCUUCCCUUCAAUCUAAUCCAUGCAAACCAAGUGACACAAAUUUAAUUUAACCAACACUAGCUUUUAGUUUUGUCUACUUUUGAUUUGAUCUGCAUCAAAAGAAGAUUAAGAGAAUAAAUAAGUUACAGUUACACAUAGACAAUUAGGCAGGUAGAAUAAAGCAGUAGUAAGCCUUGGAGGCCGAAACAGUUGAUACACAAUAAAAUUGUAAUUUUGUUAUAUUAUUAGCUUCAAUAACAACAUCACUUGUCCU